AGUAAAGGGAAGCGGAGAGAGAGGGAUGAAAGACAGAGAGAAUUGCACUCAUUCAUUCAUUCACUCACUUGUUUGUGUGACUCUCAAGACUUAAGACAAAGAAGAAGCAUAGGAAUUGGCAACAAAUAACAACACAGAUGCAAGAUCCACCACCAACACCACCACCUCCAAACUCCGCUUCCCACUUACCUCCACCGGCCCCCUCCACCGCCGCAACUUCCUCAGCCUCCUCACUCUUCGUUCGCUCCGCCGCCAAUGGCCACCGCCGAGCUCACUCCGAAGUCAGUUUCCGCUUACCUGACGACAUGAUGGACCUCUCGCCGUCGGAUCCGUUCACCGGCGGCUCCUCCACGGCCAGCCUCGACGAGAUCGGAUCGGAGGAUGACCUGUUCACGACGUACAUUGACGUGGACAAGCGAUUGGGAACGGUACAGAAUCGGAGAAGGCGGUUCCGAGGCCGAGGCACAGGCACAGUAACUCUGUGGAUGGUUCUACGACGUCGUUUGGGGAGAUCAUGGACGCUAAGAAAGCUAUGCCUCCUGAUAAGCUCGCUGAGCUUUGGACCAUUGAUCCCAAGCGUGCUAAGAGGAUACUUGCAAAUAGGCAAUCUGCUGCUCGAUCAAAAGAGAGAAAGGCUCGCUACAUUCAAGAACUUGAGCGCAAAGUUCAGACUCUUCAAACUGAAGCCACAACCCUUUCUGCCCAGCUGACACUAUACCAGAGGGACACAAAUGGUCUGAGUACUGAAAACACAGAGCUUAAGCUCCGCCUGCAAGCCAUGGAGCAACAAGCACAACUUCGUGAUGCUUUAAAUGAGGCACUGAAGAAAGAAGUCGAGAGGCUUAAGGUUGCCACUGGCGAAAUGAUGAGCCCCACCGAGUCUUUUAACCUUGGAAUGCACCAGAUGCCAUUCACAGGAGCAAAUUUCUUUCCGAUCCCACCCCAAUCAGGUCCUUCUGAUCACCAGAACAUGCAGUUGCCACCAUUUGCUCACGCCCCAUCUGGCAUGCCAACGCAUCAACUACAACAAUCGAGUUCUCAUCCACUCUCGGAAAUAAUGCAAAAUCAUAUGCAGGGACUCGACAUCAACAGCAAAGGACCAACUACGGUGAAGUCCGAAGGCCCAUCAAUUUCUGCAAGUGAGAGUAGCACUACAUUCUGAAUUUAACACAAAUUGCUUGACCUGCUGACUUUUAUCCAUGGCAUCAUUCAUUGUUUAUAGUGUUGACAUCUAGUCAACUAAUGAAGGUACUCUAUUUCAUUAAAUCUUCCAUUCAGAUUCAAGGGUUAAUUCUUGAUUAUUUAUUCUUAGGGAUGCUCCCCAAAAAGGGGAAGCACCUUUGGGGUUUUGUUGCCAAGUUCGUGCAAUCGUGUUUCAGCUUGGUGUUCAGUGUUUCUGGUUUCUGGAACAGUGGGAGUGCUAGGUUACUCUGUGUAUGUUGGGAAGUAUAAAUGAUCCCCCUCUAGUCAUUUUGUAUCAUUAUUGUAUCAUCAUCAUCAUCAUCAUCAUCAUCAUUCAAAUGAUAGCAUGGAAGCUCUGAUUCAUUGUUGUGUUUUUAGUUCAUGGUACCAAGUAAGGACUUGGGUUCUUUCUAUGAUGUUUAGUUACCGAGUUAAGUUUUAGAUUUAUUAUUCAUAGUUUUGUUGUACAAUUUCAGUGUUUUAGAGACCAAUUGUACUAUGCUUAUCCUAAAAUCAGACCUUUCAUGAA